AUGGAUCUUCGCAAUGUGGGGAGCAUGGCUGUUGCCGUCAAGACAUUGCCAGUGGCCCCAUUUGCUGAGAAAGAGUCGUGGAACUGGAGGUCCAAGCGAUCACAACAGAACACGACCCCUUGGGUAGGCAAAACAGUCUUCAAAAUCAAGGACCCAAAUCGCAAGCUUAGGUUUAGUGACAAGGUCCGCGUUUACCAAGUCCCAAUGGACAAAUGCAUCAAGUUGAUUCGCAAGCCAAGACAGUUCUCUGUAUGCUACUUAGAUGAAAGGUCCUGCCCUAAAUCAUCCAAAGAUGACAGAGAGUACGCCAAGAACGUAGCCUUAGAGUUGGCCAACGUCGUUCAAGCUUCGUUGCGUGGCGAAAGCGUAGACUGUGACUACGAGUGCGAGGACGAAACGUCACUCACAUGCGAAUGCUGUGAGAACUUCGGCCGCGCAGCCGAGCUCGCCUGUCCGAGAGUAAGCCGCCCAUAUGGGUUGGCCGGGGUAAGCGAGGAAGCUGAAGAAGAGCCAGCGCCCGAGGUCGAGCACCCCGACCCCGAGGUUGAAGCUGCAGCAAAAGCGGUCGAAGACAAGGUCCACAUCCGUGAGCUUCCCAACAAGGCGGCCAAAUUCGACAGGCCGUCUGAAAUUGCCAUCAGGGACGCGACCGAGGCACCACGCCUGGAGGACCAGGACUGCGAGUGGGACCCGGAUGCUCCUGAGUCAUGGCCAGACACGAAGGGCGAGGGAGAAGGCAUCGCAGCUAAGAUGACCAAGCACGACCCCACUAGGACGUUCCUGGCCGCCUCCCGCGAGUCCAUCUACCAGUCUGCAGCAACUGAGCUCGGCAUCAACAUCACAGAGCUGUGUUCGGCCGAUCUCAGGAAGUGGGUCAAGCUGCGCAAGAAGCACGGCUUCCACGGCUCCGCCGAUAAAUUUGACAACGUGGACGAGUAUGCCUUGAAGUCAUUGAAGGCGGGACGCAGCCGCAGGAUGUGCUGCGUGGAUGACUGCCUCGUGAAUGCAUACUUGCCCAGUGCCGGGCGGAGUUGGGAGCAAAGAACCCUCGGUUACGGCUCUCGGGCUGGAAACCGCGGGGACGCCAACAGCUUGGCGAGGCUCACAUUUUUCACCGCAAGUGCGGAUGACAUGGUAGCAGCGAACUUGAUCGCACAACACAAGGAUCCUCUUUUUGCGAUUGAGUGGCUGGGAACUUUCCUUAACACCUCCGACUUCAUCAAGGUGUGCACCUCGACCUUCACUGGUGAUGUGGCAAUCCCUGAUCCGAAGGAGCGGGAUCUCACUGAGUGGGUGCAGACGUUGCUAAGCAACCAACUCCCCCACGCAGAGCGCUUCGUCCAAGAGAAGGAGAAGGACAAGGAGAGGGCCCGAGCCGCUCAGCCCAAAACGGCCACUGCCCCCUACCGUGCAGAGAAGGGCAGAGGCAAAGGCCAAAGCAGCAGUCGCUACUGGGAUGAUCGUUCCUGGAGCGACAACUACUGGGGCCGAGGAAAAGCCAAGUCGCAACCGGUUGCGUCUUGGCUUUUCCCAUACAAACAUGCACAUGACCUGUCCAAGUGCAUCCACCUGCUGUUUUCUGUAGGAAAAGCCAAGCCGCAACCGGAUGCCAUGGCAGAGGUCGAGGAGCUGGCAGAACAUCUUCGUUCUGCAGUCAAGCGCUUAUCGAAGAGUCACGCCAGGGAGAUCGAGGAUGCCAAGAAGGUCGAGUGUCUGACUGAGAAGGUUGCCAGCUGGCAGUCGGAGCAUGCCGCGGCACUGGAGAGAAUCGCAUCCCUUGAGGCCAAGGGCAACGAGGACCUGCGCAGUUUGGCGUAUUGGAAGUCCGAGCACGCAAAAGCUGUAGCAGAAGCACGUGACGCAUCGCAAGCUGCGGAAAGAGAGAAAGCCGCGAUGCUCCGGCGACACUGUCUAUCGAUCCAGGACCUGCGGCGCGAGCAGGCGCGGCUCAAUGACCAAGCUGUUCCCCUGGGACAGCGUCGCCGCGCAGCUGCUGUACCACUCUCAUCUUUGCGCGGGCCAGGAGCUCCUCAAUUUGGGGGAACUGCGGCCUCGGUGAUCUCGCAAGUUUGGUUGUGGGGCUUCGGGCUUAAAGUCUCCAAGAUCAUAAACCUGAGCCCCGAAUCCUAA